AAAAUAAAAUUUUCUUUGCUAGGCUCCGCCACAGAAAUUAUUAUUUUUCGAAGCUAUUAGUUGUUUUUUAUUAAUAAGUUCCGGCGUAAUAAUGAACAAAUUAAGUAGUCUUCUUGGCAUGCGUAGAUUGCUUGAUUUUCGAUCAAUUUCUACCAGAAUAACUGCUGAUGGCAAGGAAGUGCCCAAAAGGAAAACCUUUGAAAACCGAAUUACAUUGAUUGGAAUUGAUAAUUCAGUUAGUAUAACAGAUUUAAAGAAUGCUGAAAAUCUGUCUCUUAGAAGAGAAUUAAAAUUGGUUAAAAUUCAAGAUGAGGAUUCUAAAACUCGUCGUCCAGUGUACAAGUUGAUGACUAACGCUGAGUAUCAUGCUGAAGUAUUGGAGAGAAGAAAGGAGAAGCAAGAGUCUCGCCAAAAAAAUUCAACCAAAGGACAAAAGAUUCUGAGCAUAUCGUCCAAAAUUGGAGAGCAUGACUUGAUGACUGGUGUGAAGAAAAUUAUAAAAUUGUUGGAUAAACAAUAUGAAGUCAAAAUCAUUAUUUCUGGAGAUGGAGACAAUGCUGCUACCACUUCAGAAAGAAUAUAUUCUGUUAUUGAGAAAAACACAGUGUCAUCAGGCAAGGCGGUUCAGAAGAGGAAUAAGGGUAAUAGCUUGAGAUUUCAAUUACUUCCACUUCGGGAAAAUAGCUCUCAAAGUCAAGAUGAUUCAGAUUCAAAUAAAAACAAAGAUGACAAAGGUCCGCUAUGACUAGUCUCAGGUAUAGUAGUUAUUCUCAUUGCCAAGUAUAUUAUAUGGAGAAAAUAUUAUCUCUCUCAAAAUGAAUCGGAGAUAUCCAAAGACAAUGAU